AGCCGCGCGCAGCUCCAAAAGCAAAACAAACCGCCGCUUAGCUUUCUCAGUCGCCAUGUCGGAGCGCCCUCAGCACGUUGUCUUCAUGAACUUCCCGGCCACCGGGCACAUGAACCCGACCUUGGUCUUGGUGCGUGAGCUCAGGGACAAGAAGGUGCCGGUCACUUAUUUCGUGGCGGAGCAGAUGCGCGAGGUCGUGGAGGCGAACGGCGCGCAGUGGCGGUACAUGCAGGAUGCGAAGGAACUCAGCGAGGAGCAACUCGCCAAGUAUGUGCCACCAGAGGCGCGACCGGAGGGCACGGAGUUCCCCUGCAACCUGAUGAUUCACGCUGCGUCCGCCAUGCCGGCCAUGAUCGAGGCCUUGCAAGCGCUGGAGCCGCCGCCCAGCGUCAUCGUCUACGAUCCCUUCUUGCCUCUGGGCUACGUGGCGGCGCGGUAUCUGCAGAUCCCCUCGGUGGCCACGGUGACCAUCACGGGCCCUGGGGUGCUGGACAUGCCGCCGGUGGUGCGGGAGAACUGGGAGAAGAACCUGGCGGUGCAGAGGGCCAGCGACGAGAUCAAGGCGGAGUACGGCAUCGACGUCUUCGAGCACGCGGCGUUUCUGGAGUUCUACUCCCAGGACCUGAACGUUGUUACCACCGUGGACUCCUUGUUCUGCCCCCCAAAGCUCGAGAUGCAGCUGCAGCGCUUCGGGAAUGUGCCGUUCCGCUGCGUGGGGCCCUUGGUGAACCAGAAGGUCCAUCGCAUCAGCAACGCGGAGAUCAAGGAGCAGCCGAUGUUGCCCUGGGACCAGAUCGACAGCUCCAAGCCUCUGGUGUUUCUGUCCCUGGGCACCGUGGCCAACAGUCACUUCUGGACCAACAAGUUCGGGCACCAGGCGAUGGCGAACGGAGUGCAGGACCUGACGGGCAAGGAGUUCAUCCAGCUGGUCUUCCGCACUGCCUACGAGGCCUUCGCGCAGGAAGACGUCUUUGUGGUCAUGGCGGUGGGCCCAAAGGAGGACGCGCUCGAGGGCAUGCCAGAGGCGCCCAAGAACUUCCUGCUGCAGAAGUCUGUGCCGCAGCUGGAGCUUCUGCCCAAGUGCCAGGCUUUUGUGACCCACGGCGGUGCCAACUCCAUGCACGAGGCCCUCGGCUUUGGCGUGCCUAUGGCGGUGGUGCCCAUCUUCGGUGACCAGCCCUCCAACGCGGAGGCGGUGGCCAAAGCCAACUGCGGUGUCUCCUUCAAGGAGCCCCUGAAGACUCUCAGCCCUGAGUCACUGCGCGAGGCGGUGCGACAGCUGAUCGUCCCGGACAGCGCCUUCCGCGCCAGCUGCGCCAAGCUCGGGGAGGAGGUGGCACAGGCGGGAGGUGCUGCCAAGGCGGCGGAGCUGGUGCUGGCGGUUGGGCGCGCGCAGACCUCCAAGCUGGGCGGGGCCUGAGCUGAGUUUCGGCGACACUUUCUCCACCGACGCUGCGGAGAUGUGAGUGCUAAGGCUCGCAAGAAGCCCUUAGCACCGCGCGACUUGUUUUCGGUUUCGGCAGUGGGGUUUCUUUGACAUCCUUUGCCCGAAGCCAAGAUUUGCAUGUGGACUCGCUGUUGAGCGAGCCACUUUUUGGGGUUUGCACUUGUACAGAGGGAGACAGGUUCCCUGGAUCGAGCCGGGUCGGCUUGGUCUGGCAAGCAGCCCUCCAAGAGGAGGGCGAAUUCCUUUGAAUUCGAAGAGCUGAAUCUUAAAUCUUCCAUUUGCUGAAAUGAGUGUUUGUUAUUUCCCUUGUCGGUGUGA